CAGAAAAGUCUGGGGGAUCUCCCCGCCGUGGCGUGCGCCAAGUUGCGCUACCUAUGGUGGGUCGCUGGAGCGGUUAUUUCGGAAUUGACUCGCGACGCGACUCCACCAAAAACAUCUUCGCCCACAUCCCGCAUCUUGGCACAACAACCAUGGCACAGUCAGACGACGAAGAUGAUUACAUGAACAUGGUGUUUGACGAUGCGCCAAAAGGUCCAAAGUAUGAAACGUCGUUGCAGCGCGCCGCGCGCAAGCGCAAAGAGGGCGAAGCCAGAGCACGACAGAAGACAAAGGCCGAGCGUGAAGAAGAAGCUGAAGCUGCCCGAGAAGCUGCUCUAGCCACUGCUCUCCCUGAGACAAAUAAGGGAUUCAAAAUGAUGGCCAAAUUCGGUUUCAAACAAGGCGAUGCGUUGGGAAAGUCGGAGGACGCGCGGAAAGAACCGAUACGAGUCAACCUGAAAGAUGAUCGAGGAGGAAUUGGCCUCGAGUCAGAGAAGAAGCGCAAGUUCAGAGAGCAAUUCGAGGAGGCAGACCGACUCGCGAAACGCGCAAAGGAAGAGGAGGGCGAUUAUCUCGACGUGAUGCGACAGGAGCAAAAAGAGAAGAAGGCCGAAAGAGACUUGGAUAACGCGCAGAGGACAGCUGAGCGACUUGCAGACAGAGAGGCAGAGGCCAAAGGUGCUAGCGACACAAGUGAGAAGCCGCUCAAGGAUAUCAAUGUUCUUUGGCGGGCACGAGCGCGACGAAGAGUCGAGGCAAAGCGCGAUAAACAGCAGCGGCGAGAACUGAAUGACAGCAUUGCGUCACGACUACCUACACUAGCUCCUGAGAAUGAAGAUGACGACUCCAAGAUAGCUCAGGGUAAGGACCUAGCGCCCUUCUACACGACUCUUGAAAACGAGCUCGAGGAUGAAGAUCCGGAACUUGCCGAAUUCGAGGCCUUGCCUGUGGCAGAGCGUCUCCAAAAGCUGCUGCUUUUCCUCCGCGAUAAGUAUCGUUACUGUCUCUAUUGCGGGUAUGAGUAUCCAGACCCAGAGAUGGACGGAUGCCCUGGAGUGACCGAGGAAGAUCACGACUAAGUAAAUUAUGGGGGUUAAGUUCUUUACAUAGAACCAGAGCUCAAAGGUAUGAAAGCAGAGUGCAUCUCGCUCAGCCCAUGAGCGACGACAGCGACACAAUGCGCUAGCAUUGUAGAGCAUUGAAUACUUUGUACAGCAGUAGAUGCUCUCUCAUUACACUCUAUGUUAGAGUGGGAAGCACCUCAGCGACCAGUGAUCAAGCCAUUGUCUAUCUAACAAUGGCUUUUAGUCCAUGCAGAUUGUACAAAUUACUCACUUAGAGCAGAAAACCUCAAUCGCAGGACAGGAACUACCAAGUAUGCAUAAUAAGAGCAUAUUAAGUGUCAUGAUAAGGAAGGUUUAAAGGCUACGCUGCAUGCUGUUGCAUUAGCCAAAGGUGCCGUGGUGAACCAUAUUGGAAUGCCAUCGAUGUAAACCACUGAAUAGCGCAAUAUCAGCCCCUGCCUUUAAUUCUCCAUCUAAUUUCUCGUUGGAAUAGCAC